AUGCUCGGUAGUAUCAAGGAUGCCCUUCGACAGCUCGCUCAAGAUGACGACGCCUAUACACUACCAAAGCAAGCAGAGAAACGACUCUUCGCUCAUGUUCGCACCACCCUGAAGCGAUACGAAUGGCAGUUCCAUACUGGCAUCGAUCUUGCUGAGCUGCUCGAUCCCUUCCUGCUUGCCAUCAACAUCGAGGAUGCGCGCCAUCACUAUGGCCCAGAGCUGAGCGCGCCCAAACUCGAGCAUACCCAAUUCCCACCCCGCGAACACGAUCCUGACGAUUACUCACCCGACGAAGAACCCUGGAUUGCAGCAUUCUUCAGGCAAUGGGCGCUGGACUAUGAGAAGGAGAACGGAGAGAUAAAGGAUGGCUGGGGCGUCUGGUCGAUGAAAGCAGAUGAUGAGGCAAGUUGGGAAUGGCCAUACAAGCGGAUACAGGCACACAAGACUGGCAGUGAUGGGAAUAUUGAAUACCUUGUCAAAUGGGUAGGGCAGCGUCACUUGGCGUCUUGGGUCAAGAGGGAGCAGCUGGUUGCUGAGGCUCGCGACAUCUACGACAAGGUGCAUGGGGUAUCUCAUCGCUUAGAGGUGAUUGGGGGGCGUGAUUGA